AUGGCGAGCGCAAUACUGCACGAUGGGAAAGAGACCGCCAUCACUGAGGACGAAGCAGCACUGUACGACCGCCAGAUCCGUCUCUGGGGUUUUGACGCCCAGACGCGUAUGCGAAACGCUAGCGUGCUAGUGAUUAAUUUGCGUGGAACAGCAUGUGAAGUUAUCAAGAAUAUCGUACUGGCUGGCAUUGGCACGCUGAAGAUCCUGGAUGAAAGGGUGGUGGAGGAGGAAGAUCUGGGUGCGGGAUUCUUCUUCAGGGAAGAUGAUGUAGGUAAAAAGAGGGUAGACGCUGCCCUACCUCGAAUAGCCGCGCUCAACCCGCUCGUCAAUAUUGUCUCCCUCUCCUCCCCCCUUUCACUAUCAGACGACUCCCUCCAUGCACUUUUCCACGGUAUCAACCUUGUCUGCGCAACGGAUUGCGAUCGUGUAACAUACGAAAAGCUGGAUGAAGCGUGCCACAAGUCGGGAAAGCAAUUCUAUUGCGGUGGCACGAUGGGCUGGUAUGGUUAUGCGUUUUGUGACCUUGGCCAGCACAGCUAUGUAUCACAAGAUCAGACCAAGCCUAACUCUCCUCAAACACACAAAACGUUUACCUACGUGCCCCUCUCCACCGCACUAAGAGCCACCUGGAGCCAUCUCACGAAACGUGACACGAAAGAGCUCAACCCAGCAGUGGUAUUUUCCAUCCUUGCUGUGUGGGAGUAUCAAGCACGACACAGUAGUCUACCUGAGGAUGAAGCGGUUGUGCCGGAGCUGCUCCAGAUGGGGAACGAGUUGUUGGGUCCAGCACAAAUCAAUAAACUGGUGUUGAAGACUCUCCCAUCAGAACAUGUAGAGCGGUUAUCAACAAUAGCAGCAGCGGAGCUGUCUCCGAUUUGCGCGAUAUUGGGAGGGUUCCUCGCUCAGGACAUGCUCAAAGCUAUUGGCGGGCGCGAGGCGCCGAUGGCAAACUUCUUUACUUUCGACGGUAUUCUCGGUGGGGGCACGGUCUGCCGACUCGGAAUGAAAGAUGCUGUAUGA